GGAGGCCGCCCUGGCCUCGGCCGGGAGGGGGCGAGGGAGCGCCGCCCUUGGAGACCCGGCCCCGCCCGGUAUUGCGCCCUGCAGAAUCACAUCACCUCCUCCCUGCGAGGGUGCCAGCGUGUGGCCGGGUGGCACGCCACAGUGUGAUGGCACGCCAGCCGGAUGCGCCCCUCUUGAGGAUCUUCAGUGGCCGUGGGGCAGAGCCCCCUUUGUCUGGGGCUGAUUCUGAGGAAGCGGAAGAGGAAAGUGUGAAGGAGCGAGGGGCACCUCACUGGCCCGUGAACGACUCAGGGAGAGUUGAAUCACAGCUGAAGAAACCAGCACUGUCAGAAAGUGAAAAGAAGAAUCCUGGCAAACUCAAAAAAGGGGGAAGGAAGGGAAAGAAAAAGAAAACAAAAAGCCGCACACCAUGUGAAGAAGACUUCAAGAACUUCUGCAUUCACGGCGAAUGCAAAUUUAUUGAACAUCUCCAGAUACCCACCUGCAAAUGCCAUCCAAACUACUACGGUGAGCGUUGUGUUGAACAGUUCUUAAAGUCACACAAAAGCCACGAGGCAGCCAGCCAGUCGGCUACCAUCUUCGUGGUGGUAGCAGUUGUCUUCUCCGUCUUCAGUUUUGCUGUCAUCAUAAUCCUGGUCAUAAUGAAGGUAAGAAAAAAAUAUGUCAAAUGUGAAGAGAAAGAAGAAAAGAAAAAGCUCCGCCAAGAAAAUGGAAGUUCCAACAAUGAACGUGAUGAAGUUGAUGAGCCUGUUGAUGAAGACCAUGAGGCUCCAUAGAUACAUGUCUGAGAAAGUGAAACGAAGGACCUGGAGCUCAGUGACAAGUCGCCAUCUUGACUGAUCAACAUGGGGAAUGCCCCAGAGGGCAACAGAACGUUCCUUUUGGGUCUUGGCAAUUGCUGAUGCUUCACAUGCAGGAAUUUACGUGCCAUAUUGAUAAACAAUGGAGAACUGCCCACCUUAUUGAGUAGUAGAAGAUUAUCAUACAACUGUUACUGUCAAGACUUCACUUUUGGUUCUGUUGUUGUUGCCCGGGAAUUAUGUAAUAGUUUACGGAGAAGGUACUGUGCGAAGGGGGGAGGGUCAGAAAGUUUAGAAUAUUGUUUUAACUGCCAUGUCUACAAAGAGAAAUGCUUUACUGACUUCCACACCCCUUCCCCCAAGGGUGAAUGAUACAACCAGCAAGAGAAACAGUACAUGAAUAAAAACCAUACUAAUGCAUCAGUGACUCCACUUGGGACAGAUGGCACAGGACAGAACACUCUGCCACACUGGCACCUCAUCAAACAGUACUUCAUGAGUUUUAUUAGGAAAAGAGUUGCCAUAAAUUGCUGGGUGACCAAUUAUGCUGCCCUAUUACUUCCCUCUGUUUCCUGGAUCCUAUUUCCUACUUCAGGCUCAAGCCAACUACCUUCUAGGCAAACCAAGUGAGAUCAGUCCCUACUGAGGCCCAGCUGGGAUGAAUGGAGUCUGUCCAGGAACAGUUGUUUGGUCAAAGGUGCCCACUUAUGAAGAAAGUUACCCAGCCUUAACUAUAGAAGGCUGUUACAGCUUUCUUAGUAGAAUAACUGUGGAAGUAUAGAUACUGGAUUGGCAUGGUUCUACGAUAGUGGGAGCAGAACUAGCUAAUAGUAUGCAGAUCAGCAACCCAAACGAAUGUAUUAUCUACUUCCAGGAUAGAGGUCUCUUAUGUAAUCGAGUUUGUAUAAAAUUAUUCUUGACAACAAAACAAAACUUUACAACGAGGUUUUUAUGCUAUUUUGGUGUAAAUAUGUAAGUAAAGAGAGGGCUUUGGCUGUAAAUAAUAUAUUCUUUUUAUUAUGUUUUGCAUACCUUGGAAAUGAUGUAUUUAUUUUACAAUUAAACUUUUUUUACAG